UUCCUUUGAAGCCCCUCGUAUCCUGAACCUUCGCAUCUCUUUCGUCGGUCCUUUUUCCUUCGCUGGAAGGGAACGCGAAAGGGAAACCAACCAAAUCCAACCAUUCCCCGGCCGGCCGUGGGCGGAGGCGAUUGCUGGCGAGAUAUAACUAGAACGGCGGGCCAUGGAGGACACCUCCGAUCACCCCCUCCUUUCCCUUUCCGGCGACAGGCAGACCGCCGUGGACCGUCCUUCGUCUUCCGCUGCGGAUUCGCCGCCGCGGCCACCACCUCCUCCUCCUACUAGUACUACCACGGCCUCAGGAGCCUCCAGGUAUGACGACGACGACGACGAGGGGGACGUGUGCCGGAUCUGCCGCAACCCGGGGGACUCCGACAACCCCCUUCGGUACCCUUGCGCGUGCAGUGGGAGCAUAAAGUUCGUGCACCAGGACUGCCUCCUCCAGUGGCUUAACCAUAGCAACGCGCGUCAAUGCGAGGUCUGUAAACAUACUUUUUCUUUCUCUCCCGUGUAUGCUGAGAAUGCUCCUGCAAGGCUUCCUCUUCAGGAAUUUGUUGUUGGAAUGGCAAUGAAAGCAUGUCAUGUUAUGCAAUUCUUCAUGCGGCUUGCUUUUGUUCUUUCUGUUUGGCUCCUUAUGAUACCAUUUAUCACAUUUUGGAUUUGGCGCCUGACCUUUGUGAGGAGUCUUGGUGAAGCUCAAAGGCUAUUUUUGAGCCAUCUAUCUGCACCUGUAAUACUCACAGAUUGUCUGCAUGGUUUUCUACUUUCUGCUAGCAUUGUGUUCAUUUUUCUCGGGGCAACCUCCUUGAGAGAUUAUUUUAGACAUUUACGUGAACUUGGCGGACAUGAUGCUGAGAGAGAUGAUGAAGGUCAGGAAAGGAAUGGUGCUCGUGCUGUUAGGAGGCUUCCUGGUCCAGUUAAUAGGAAUGCUGCUGGUGAUAGAAAUGCUGAAGAUGAUGGUGGAGCUCAAGGAAUUGCUGGGGCUGGCCAAUUAAUUAGAAGAAAUGCAGAGAAUGUUGCUGCUCGACUGGAAAUGCAGGCUGCUCGUCUUGAAGCUCAAGUUGAACAGAUGUUUGAUGGACUAGAUGAUGCUGAUGGUGCUGAAGAUGUGCCAUUUGAUGAGCUUGUAGGAAUGCAAGGGCCUGUGUUUCAUUUGGUCGAAAAUGCUAUCACGGUGCUGGCAAGCAAUGCUAUCUUCCUGGGUGUUGUCAUUUUUGUUCCUUUCUCAUUAGGGAGGAUUUUUCUCUAUUACAUCACGUGGUUCUUUUCAUCAGUUUCUAGCCCAUUGGCGACGAAAAGGUUGCCCAUUUCAGAAUCAGCUCUCUCAGUAGCCAAUAAUACAUUGAAGAACGGACUGAUUGCUAUGAAGAACUUGUCGACCGAGAACCAUACUGAUGGUAUCUUGAACUGGAUGGUUGCAGCGGUUAACGGAUCCCAAAUAAUGAAUGUCACUGGAACAAAUGAGGUCUCUAAUACUGUUGGCAGGUCCAUUGCCACGGAUCUGCUCAAGGGAACAAUUGCUGGAUCCUCCCAUCUUUCUGAUGUGACUACGCUUGCAGUAGGCUAUAUUUUCUUAUUCUGCUUUGUUUUCUUUUAUCUUGGGCUUGUUGCUUUGAUACGAUAUAGUAGAGGUGACCGCAUUAUAUUUGGGAGGCUAUAUGGUCUACUUGCAGCAGCAGAAGCAAUUCCUUCUCUCCUUAGACAAUUUCUUGCAGCAAUGAGACAUCUAAUGACGAUGUUUAAGGUUGCAUUUUUGUUGAUUAUCGAAUUGGGAGUCUUUCCGUUGCUGUGUGGGUGGUGGCUUGAUGUGUGCACCUUGAAGAUGCUGGGGACAACAAUUACUCAAAGAAUUGAAUUCUUUUCGGCCUCACCAUUAGCUAGCUCCUCAAUCCACUGGCUUGUUGGCAUAGUUUACAUGCUCCAAAUCAGCAUUUUUGUCAGUCUUCUCAGAGGGGUACUGAGGAAUGGAGUUCUAUAUUUCCUGCGGGAUCCAGCAGAUCCAAACUAUAAUCCAUUCCGUGACCUCAUUGAUGAUCCAGUGCAUAAACACGCACGGCGUGUUUUACUCUCUGUUGCUGUUUAUGGCAGUCUGAUAGUGAUGCUUGUCUUCUUACCUGUGAAGCUCUCUAUGCGCCUUCUGCCUUCCAUAUUCCCUCUGGACAUAACUAUUUCUGAUCCAUUCACGGAAAUUCCUACGGAUGUUCUACUGUUCCAAAUUUGCAUACCAUUUGCUAUCGAGCAUUUUAAAUUACGGACAACAAUAAAAUCUCUUUUGCGCCAUUGGUUUACUGCAGUUGGUUGGGCACUUGGUCUGUCUGAUUACUUGUUACCACGGGCGGAGGUUAAUGGAACUCAAGAUGCUGGCAACAUUGAACCAGUUAGACGAGAGAGAUUACAUGAUGCUCAUCUAGGUGGACCUCGUCAGAAUGAUCUACGUAUGGUGCCAAGAAUUGCUGAUGGUGAUCAAGGUAGGGGUGAUAUCAUUGGAAACACAGAUGUGGCUGAAGAAUCUGAUGCAGACGAUCAGGCAGAUUCUGAGUAUGGUUUUGUACUCCGCAUUGUCUUCUUGCUGGUAUUGGCAUGGAUGACUCUUUUGAUUUUCAACUGCGCAAUGAUCAUCCUUCCUGUCUCCCUCGGUCGUGCACUAUUUAAUGCCAUUCCUAGGCUUCCAAUUACUCAUGGCUUCAAGUGCAAUGAUCUCUUUGCUUUCAGUAUUGGCUGUUACAUCAUCUGUACUGUAGCUGUUGGAGUAAGGUAUUCUGUCGAUUACAUCAAAACCCGCAGAGUACAUGUUUUGCUUUUGCAGAUAUGGAAGUGGUGCGAAAUUAUAGUGAAGAGCUCUGCCCUUUUGUCGAUAUGGAUAUUUAUCAUUCCAGUACUAAUUGGCCUCUUGUUCGAGCUUCUGGUGAUCGUUCCUCUGAGGGUUCCCGUGGAUGAAAGCCCAGUAUUUCUCCUCUACCAAGACUGGGCUUUAGGGCUCAUCUUCCUGAAGAUCUGGACUCGCUUGGUGAUCUUAGAUCAGAUGGCGCCAUUAGUUGAUGAAAACUGGCGUCGCAAAUUCGAAAGAGUAAGAGAGGAUGGCUUCUCACGGCUGAGGGGUCUGUGGGUGCUACGUGAAAUUAUGAUUCCGAUCAUCUCAAAGCUUCUGACGGCGCUCUGCAUUCCCUAUGUCUUUGCAAAAGGCAUCUUCCCCGUCUUUGGUUAUCCGUUGAUAGUGAAUUCUGCUGUGUACCGUUUCGCAUGGCUGGGAUGCCUCCUGUUCAGUUUGUUCUGCUUUUGUGCGAAGAGGUUCCAUAUCUGGUUCACCAACCUUCACAAUUCCAUCAGGGACGACAGGUAUCUUAUCGGGCGAAGGUUGCAUAACUUUGGUGAAGCAAUUACAGGCGAUCAAGAGUCGAGACCCAAUGGUCAGGAGUCGAACUCCACAAAUGCUGGUUUAAUUCUUCAUGAACAAGAGGUUGACAUGGGGUUGAGGCUUAGACGAGCUAAUCAGCGCCAGCAUGUGAGGUAGGGUUUUGAGCUGGAAGAUACAUUAGGCCAUCGCCUUUGCUGAUAAUUUGUGUUUAAGUUGCUAGUUCGUUAUACACCACAUCCCAUGAACGUUGAAGGUUGUAAUACGAUGGACUUAAUGAAGUAGUUACUUGCCGUGAUACAUCUCAGUCUGGUGGCCCUUCCUCCCUGAUAUUGAUGACUCUCAGUUGGUCCAUGGUUUUCACUAUCGAAUACCAAUUUGUGUGAGCAUCUGGUGCUGUUGUAAGUAGGGUUUCAUAAGAUUUUUUGGUAGAAGUCGUGCAGUUUUCAACACAAUAUGUAAUUCUCGUUAAAGGAAUUUCAAUUGUAUUGUGUUUGCCAGGAGACGAAUUCUGUAGAUCAACGCAUAGCUCCUUAGGAAUGUGAUCUAUCUUAAUCCGUUUCCUCCUUCAGUGGGCAUCGAUUGGAUGCUGAAAUGGAAUAAUGUUGUGUAUAUAAAUUUUUGGUUUAUGCUUUGUAGAGUGGAAUAAGAUAUGCAAUAUUUUUUUAA